CUAGAAAGAAAAGCUUGAGCUCCAGAAAGCUGCGAACCCAGCAGCGAACGCGAAGCCAUGGCCGGCAGACCCCAAGGGAAAGGAGAAGCCGUUGAGCACCGACCUCGAUACCGACUCCGCGAGAUGGAAGUUCGUAAUGCAGCAGCGUAGUGACCUUCACGCGCGAGACCUCCUCAAUGUGAUUGCAACCAAGGCAGACCGCAAGAAGCUCCUGAAAGACUAUCCCCACCUUUUUGACUUCGGCGAAGAAUACACGGACCGGAAGAGACCGUACGGCGGAUUGCGUGGCCGCCCAUUAGUCAAGCAGCCCACCUCUUACUUCGUUCCGACAGGCGAGAUUUACCCAACGCCAGACUUGCUCAGAAAAGCAGACCCUACGUCUAUGCCACCGCAAGCCUUUUCGAAAAUCCGCAAGACUAAAGAUGGACAAGCGGAACUACUCGUUCCGGAGUUUCGAACCGCUACCUUCGCAUCCUCAAAGUCCGCACUGCUGGAAGUCGCCCAGUCCAAGGCUACGUCUAUGCCUUCUACCUACCACCGCUCCCAAGGAGGAGGACAGAUCUGCCAGAACAUUUACUUCUUGCACAAGAAUAAGUCCAACAGAGGCGACGACGUAGUGCUCGCGAGCUGCCUCGUUGGAUACUACUUGUCUGAAGGCUCCCUGGUUUUUAACUACCUCCCGCACGGCUGGUUCGAGAACGUCUUCGACGAGCUCCUCGACCUCGCAAAAGCAGACUUUUACACUGCAAAACUCGCAAGCAUGAAGGUGCCCCAAGCAGCGCCACCACCCUCUCAGCCGACUCAGGCCAUUGACGAAGGCGAAAACAACCAGCCUACGUCUAUUGAGAAGGCACCCAACAAGCGCAAAUCGAGGAAAAUGGCAGCAGCUAAAGCAGCAACUACGCAGGAUGUCGAAGAGGACAAUGACGAACCAGCUCAGAAACGUCAGAAACCGAACCAACCGCCUGUUGAAAAGGAGCGCGAUGAGGAGCCUACGUCUAUCGACGAGCCAGCUAAGAAGCCUGCCGCACCCGCGAGGAGACGACCAGCAUCGAGACGAAGCAGGCCAGCCACUAUGAUGCAGAUGAUCAUGGAACAGACUGACGAGGACACCCCUGCGUCUAUGCCGGUUCCCCGAAUGAACACACCACAAGGGCAAGCCGCGAAGCUACGCAUGUCGAAGCUGCAAAUGAGCACUCAUUACGGAGAGGAGGACGACGACCUCAUCCUCACUCCGAAGUCCCAGCGCUGGUCAGCCAAACUGAAGUUGGGAACCAAUAUGCCGAAGAGUACAAUCCACCAGGCCAGAGCCCGAGUUGUUAAGGAGUACCUCGAGUGCCUAGUCCGUUGGCUCUGCUUGACGAAGGAGGAGCGCGAUAUGAAAUUCGCAGUGGCAGCCAACGAGUUUACCAAGUUCCACCAUUCGCAGGAACAGAUCGACAACAUGGACAGACUGUUCCUCAUCCCCACGGACCCGAUUGCACCGGCGAAUCAGGGCAUGCGCGCACCAGAUGCUCCUUCAGGACCAUUCCCAGAGUGGGACAAAUUCGAACCGGUCUAUCGCUUGCUCUGCGCCCAAGUCGACCCAAAGAUGAAGAUCGGGGUGAUCUGGCGCUGGACUCAAGCCCUAGCCGAUAAGGUAGCCCUGACCAUCCGCACUCCCUCGAACGACCCAUACCUUACGUUCUGGAUGGAGGAGUGGGUUUUCCGCAAGAAGCCAAACUGGUCCUGGGAAAUCAAGGACCCGGAGCCCCCUACGUCUAUCGAUGACAUUCUUGGUCUAUUCCAUGACACUUGGUCUGAUAACCGAAAGGACGCUCUCCGCCUGAUGCUAGAGAUUCGAGAGGACCCUUUCACGACUGAGGAACGCAUCCACGACGCGAUCCGCCUGCUGCGCAAGUGUGGCAUCGCCGCCACGAAGGAACAAGUCACCAACCCGGUUGAGGGCUGGGCUCAGCUGAAGACUUCGACUGGGUCAUUUAAAGGACGCGAGCCCGAUCCUUGGGAUCCAACCGACCCAUCCACCCAGCGACUUGGAGGGGCUAGGUCUAUGCACUCGCAUUCCAAGUCCUCCAACGUUGGUUCCGUUCGCACGAACGGCCAGAUCCCUCGCAGCGAAGUGCCACUUCACUUAGACCUCGAGAUGUGGACUAAGCAGCUCUCUGAGAGGUACCUGGACACUACAGACCUUAAGGAGCUCAGAACGAGGAUGAGGCACAUUCUGUCGAUUGUGCUCGACAAUCGGAAAUGCCGCUACGUGCAAGCGCUCAAGAUAUGCGCGAACGCGAUACCACUGGCGGAGAAGACCACCGGAGUGUGUUACUCAGCUGAGACGAUCUGGAACUGGCACAAGAACAUCGGACCUAACUUCAAGCCGCUGGAGGAACCAUUUCACCAGUUGUUCCCUUGCGGGACUGACAAAGAGGCCUAG